AUGGAGGUGCCCGGGGCCCCCGUGUCCAGCAAACCGGGAGAGACCUCAGUCAAAUGGCAGCUCUGCUACGACAUGACAGCCAAAAUGUGGUGGAUGGCCUCUGAGAGCCUGAACAGAGCCACUGGCAGGGUGGAGGUAGCUGGUCCUUUGAUAGGAAGUCACAAGCAGGUAGCUGCUGGCUUCCUGGAGAAGGAACUGCCCAAAGGGCCCAGCAAGGGCUUGGACCCAGGUGCCUACCUCCAAGCUGCUGCUGUCUUCUUUGGCCAGGAAGUCCCAGUGGAUCAAUGGGUCCCCUGUGUCCAGCGCCUCCUGACUCCCCGCCUCUCCUGCCCACAGGAUGAGUUCCACCCGUUCAUCGAGGCGCUGCUGCCUCACGUGCGCGCCUUCGCCUACACCUGGUUCAACCUGCAGGCGCGAAAGCGCAAGUACUUCAAGAAGCACGAGAAGCGGAUGUCCAAGGAUGAGGAGCGAGCGGUGAAGGACGAGCUGCUGGGCGAGAAGGCGGAGGUGAAGCAGAAGUGGGCGUCGCGGCUGCUGGCCAAGCUGCGCAAGGACAUCCGGCCCGAGUGCCGGGAGGACUUCGUGUUGGCCAUCACCGGCAAGAAGGCGCCUGGCUGCGUGCUCUCCAACCCUGACCAGAAGGGCAAGAUGCGCCGCAUCGACUGCCUGCGCCAGGCUGACAAGGUGUGGCGGCUGGACCUGGUCAUGGUCAUCCUCUUCAAGGGCAUCCCCCUGGAGAGCACCGACGGCGAGCGCCUGGUCAAGGCAGCUCAGUGCGGCCACCCCGUGCUCUGCGUGCAGCCGCACCACAUCGGAGUGGCAGUCAAGGAGCUUGACCUCUACCUGGCCUACUUUGUGCGCGAGAGAGAUGCAGAGCAGAGCGGCAGUCCCCGGGCAGGGAUGGGCUCUGACCAGGAGGACAGCAAGCCCAUCACGCUGGACACAACUGACUUCCAGGAGAGCUUUGUCACCUCUGGUGUGUUCAGUGUCACCGAGCUCAUCCAAGUGUCCCGGACACCUGUGGUGACUGGAACAGGACCUAGCUUCUCACUGGGGGAGCUGCAGGGGCACCUGGCAUAUGACCUGAAUCCAGCCAGCACCGGCAUGAGAAGAACGCUACCCAGCACUUCCUCCAGUGGGAGCAAGCGGCACAAAUCCGGCUCGAUGGAGGAAGACGUGGACACGAGCCCCGGAGGCGAUUACUACACCUCACCCAGCUCUCCCACGAGUAGCAGCCGGAACUGGACGGAGGACAUGGAAGGAGGCAUCUCAUCCCCUGUGAAGAAAACAGAGAUAGACAAGUCACCUUUCAACAGCCCGUCUCCCCAGGACUCACCGCGCCUCUCCAGCUUCACCCAGCACCACCGGCCUGUCAUAGCCGUGCACAGUGGGAUCGCCCGGAGCCCUCACCCAUCCUCGGCCCUGCACUUCCCCACCACCUCCAUCCUGCCCCAGGCGGCCUCCACCUACUUCCCUCACACAGCCAUACGCUACCCACCUCACCUCAACCCCCAGGACCCGCUCAAAGAUCUCGUCUCACUGGCCUGUGACCCGGCCAGCCAGCAACCUGGACCGCCUACUCUACGCCCGGCACGUCCCCUGCAAACCGUUCCUUUGUGGGAUUAGGACCAAGGGAUCCAGCGGGCAUUUAUCAGGCACAGUCCUGGUAUCUGGGAUAAGAAAGAUUUCUUCCCACGGCCUGCUCCUUCAUCCCUGGUGGGCUGCACUGCCAGUCCCCAGCCUACGUUUUCGGUGGAAAGUUAGAGCAAGCAAGAACACCCUGCCGACUCCCAGCCCAGCCGAAAAGACAAAACACAUAGACACAUACACACAGGAGGAAAAAAAGAAAAAAAGGCCAAAAAAAGACAAACAGGAAAAAAAUCAUAAAAAUAAACCCACCCAAGCAAGAAGACAAAAGGUAAAGACGGCAACGCUUCAGACUCUCGGGACGCCACAGCUGGACCUGCCACCCCUUGGUAGAGGACAUGAGGAUAUGACAGUGCCACCGGGGUCUUUCUAAGUUACUCAUCUCUCACUGCUGCUCUGGAAGGGCAGGUGCCCACCUCCACCUCCACCAGGACCAGGUGAGCACAGCCUGGUGCCCGUGCCCAGGCCCCACGGGGCAGGACACCCAGCAAGGCCACCUCUCCCCCGUGCCCCCAUCGUCACCACCGCCAGGAUGUUGGCCAGGCUUCCCACACUGGUGUUGGUGUUUCCAAGCAGGAAAGCAGGUGCCAUGGAGGCCGGGGUGGGCAGGGAAGUGACAAGGUCAGAAGAGGGUUGUGGGAGACCCCAGGCAUCACCAGGGGACAAGGACAUGUGGCAGAUUCUUUCUCAGGAGUUUCCUGGGGUCCGUCAUGGGAUCUCUACCUGCCCCAAAGCGUGCACGUGCUGGGCUGGCUCUGGACUCGGUCUUUCAGCCCCACGCCUGUCUGUUUGGGAGGAGAAGUCUCUAUGCAAUUGCCCCCAGCCCCACCCAGCGGCAUAGAAGGCCACCCCCCACCGCUGGCCUGCGGCUCCACACCCCCGGGGGAGGGAUCCACGUUGCACACACUGUAAGAAAUGCACUUUCCAAGGAAGGGGCUGUGGAGGCGGAAUGGAAAGACCCAGAGCUCCUCAAGAAAGGAGGUCAUCUGGCGUCUCCACCCACUGAACCCUGGGAGGGGAGGACCCCUCCCCCUUACCCAGAGGAGGUGGGAGGUGAGAGCAAGUGGAUUAAGUGCCUGAUUCCCACCGCCCACCCCUCUUUGUCCAGCUGAGACGUGAGAGUGGCCGUGGGCAUCCCCACCCCCUCCCCCACAACCUGGCCACCUUCAGUUCCCGACCCCUCAUUGCUAUGCUCCCCUCAGAAAGAUGGGGACCCCCAGGGGGCCUGAGGGGCAGAGCUGGGUAUCCCCAAGCAUCCUGCUGUGCUGGGGUGCGGGGGCAGGGUCUGAGGAAACUGGUGUGCCCCCCUCCACGCCUCCUCUGCCAGUGCCUUACAUCCUGGAGCGACACCCCCUCUCUGGUGCCUCUCAGCCCAAAGGGGGACUACGGUUUGCACUUUUAUCUCCCCCAAAGUGGGCACAGCUGGGGAGGUGCAUUGCAGCAGGGCCCCCAGAAGGACUGCAAUCCUAGAUGAGGUGGGGGUUCUAAUGGAGGGGGGUGCCAGCACCUCUGGGCCCCCUGCGGCUGCAUAGGGGACCUCCCAUCUGCUAAGCGAUUUCCGUUGAGCCGCUCCAAAAACACUAAGCUGGGGACACCGGGUGCCCCCAACCCCGGCUCCCCAGCCCCAUUCCCACCCCCAUCCCAGGAUGGCCAUCUUGGGUGGGGGGCCUGGGAGGGAGUGUUAGGUGUUCUAGGGUCACCAGGCCCAAACACAGGGACCCCUCCCGGCCCAUCCAUCUGAGCCCCCACUGGCCACCUCCAGCCUCCAUGCCUGGCGCUGAGGAAUAUCUACCCCACCACAACCCCCACCCCUGGCCUAGGCCAAAGCUAUUGCCCUGAGCAGGGCCUCCACCUCAUCUGCUCCCAGCCUGGCCCUCAGCUCCUUCUCUUGGUACCCCCAGGCCUGGCCAGCCUCCCCCCACCUCCAGAAACCGGACUUUCCUCCCAAACCAGCCCGAGGGGCCUGGCGAACCCACUUGACCAUAAAGAGAAAGACUCAAGACCCUGCCCCACUGACUCCCACCUCCCAUUGUCCAAAGGGGUACAAGAAACCUUGGUCCGUCCGCGGAUCCCCAGGGCCCCCUCCAGGUGGCCAUUGGGGACCAAAACAUGGGCUGUUCUUUGGGAGGUCAGGAGGGGUGGGUCAUGCAGCUAGGGUAUCCAGAAGCUUCUCAGCUGGGAACCUUAGGGUGCAGGUAGGCAUGGUAGGGGAGGGGGCGCCUGGCAGCCCCCAGCGACCUAACUUUGCAUGGUGCUUAGUCGAGGACUCCUGUGACCUGGCUCCUGCUGUCAGCUCACUGCAGCUGACACUGCAUGGCAGACUAUACCCGGCUCUAUCCCCCAGCCCCAGCCCUCACCACUCUCCCUCCUCUUUAAAAAAAGAUACAAAAAAAAAUACCUUUAAAAAAGUCCAUGUUUCCUAAUUUGCACGAAAUUUUCUACCACAUGAUGUGCCUUGCCUUCCAAAAAUAAGUAUUACCUUUAAACAAUAUCAGCGCAAAGGUAGCUGCAUGCCCUGCUCGUGUAGUUAAAAAGAAAAAGACAAAACAAUGACAUGAAAUAAAAAGUAAAAAUGGAAAAGGGAUGUAUUUCUAUUUGUAAAAAAAAUAAAAAUAAGAACUUUAAAAAAAUUUCCACGCUAAAAAGCAAUCCACAGAGCAAUUGCCCCGUCAUCUGCCCUACUGCCCACACCCACCUGCCUGGGCUCUGUCUCCAUGGCUCCUGCUGCAUUGGGAGUGCUCCCUGGUGCUCCGCCAACCCCAGCCCCAGCCCUGGGCUCCAAGGGGUAAUUUCUGAAGCCCCCACCCAUAGCAGCAGACAGACCUCAGGAGUGUGCCCUGGCUCUUGGGCCACUGGCCAGUCCCCCAGACGCCACGCAUGCACGCAUGACCCCAGGCAGUACCCCCAUGGGAUGGCCACCCUGCCUACAGCCAGACUCCCCCAUCCCACCUCUCAUGCAGGCUGGCGUCCCUCUGGCUCAGGGUCAAAUUGCUCUCCCACCCCCAAAGAGGUCCCCUCUCUUCCCCUGUGUACCCUAUCCUUCUUGCCAAAGGACUCCCUUGUCCCCCAUUCCUGGAGACCAGCCUUGGGUGUCAGUUCCCUCUUGCCCUCUCCUUGCCCCCCAGCACCCAGUUUUAUGUCUUCCAGCUGUGACUAUGGAGGGUAUCUGGCAUGAAACAAACAAAAACCAAACUUGAUAUAUGCAAUAUCUGUCUGUCUGUACCUGUAGGUCCAGCCCAGCCAUCGGAGGCCCAGUUAGAGAGGCCAGUGGGGUCAGGGACAGUCACGGGAACCCCCCAUCAUAGGCCUCUGUCUGGGUGGCUGGCCAUACUGUUGUCUUUUCCUUGUUUUUUAUUUUCUCAUUUCCCUUUCUUUUUUUAAGUUUCAAUUUCCUCUACCUAUAACUCAGUCAAAAGUGAGACAGUAGCAGACGGUUGGUUAGCGGGGUGUCCCAGCAGAGAAGACCAAAGGGCUGGGUUCUCCAACCUCAGGCCCCCACCUGGGCCCCCACAAGCAUCUAUGGGGAUACCAGUUGGACGAUGGUCCCCAUUUAUUUGCCUGCUGCCCCCUGGUCUUUAGAAUUGUCUCCAGAGCACGAUGGGACUUUGCAGAAACGUCCCAGCUUUCAUCAGCCAUCAUAUGCUCAUCCCAUGCGUUCUUCCCAAAAGACACCUCAGCAAGCCCCAGGGAACAGAGGGAGAGCCCCGACCUCGGCCUCAGCCAACCAUGACAGUGCCCUUAUGAACUGUCACUUGGCUAGAGAGCCCAAGGCCAUGCCUGUCAGUUUUCAUGUGCCUGAUUUGUUUUUAUUCUCCCCUACCCCAUGCAAGGGCUUUGCAGGGGCCAUUCUGUCCCUCCAUGGACUGCACCCCCAGCGCCGCCCUUCCUUGCCCCAAGUUGUGUGGUCUUGCCCUUUCAGCACCGUUGCUGAGUACUGGAGGCACUUCCUUCCCAGCCAGUGUGUUAUCCUGGGGCAGGCUGGUUGUUCCCAUUUCUUGGAAAAGCUACAGGGUCCCCUGUUGGGCAAAAUUCCUAGACCCCUCAUUGUAGGCAGAAUAAGGCAGAAAUACCAGGAACUAGGCCCCUGACCCACCUCUGCAGUUUGGGUUUAUGCCCCGAGGUGGGUAUGGGGGCUUUUGUUGGGUUGUUUUUUGUGUGUGUGUGGUUUUUUUUUACAUGUAUGAAACUGACAUCUUCUCAAACCCCAUUCCUUCCCAAGCCCACAUCACCCACCACUUAUCCCCACCCAUGCGAAGCCCCCAUCCUGACCCUGGGGUCUAGAGACUCAUGCUGUGGGAAAGAAUAGAGGAGCCUCCCAAAUAUAUGCAAGUCGCCCCAUCUCUCAUGGUUGAGGGCACCAGACAGCAACCGGAUGGAGAGGGAGGUGUGAGAAGAGCUGGCCCUAUCUGACUGGAAACGGGGAUCGGGGUCCCCCAUGCCCAAGUCUGGAACUCAGGUUCUGGCCAAGUUCUGAGCCCCACCCUGAGCUAGACAAUCAGACCUGAAAGGAACCCAGAGGAGACUCGA